AUGGCUGACAAAAUGGACCAAGGAGAGUUUGGGCCGUCGGACAAGGAAAAGAAAUACGAUCGCCAGCUCCGACUAUGGGCUGCGUCCGGACAAGCGGCUCUAGAAUCGGCACAUCUCCUGCUAGUUAACUCUGGUGCUGGUACCGUUGGCGUUGAAACGCUUAAAAAUCUAGUACUCCCUGGUAUCGGUCAAUUCACCAUUGCCGACGAUGCCGUUGUCAACACGGCAGACCUGGGUGUCAAUUUCUUUCUAGAUGAGUCAAGCUUGGGUACAUCAAGAGCGCGGGCGUGUACAGACUUUCUGCUCGAACUCAACCCGGAAGUUAAAGGAAACUCAUUUUCUGGCUCAGAAAAAGGUAGUGCUUUGAACGAAGCCUUGUCCCAGGGCCACAGAUAUACAGCGAUCCUCUAUACUUUGCCACUGGCACCGGAAGCCAUAGAGCAAGUCCAAUCAUACAGUCAGGAACAUUGUGUACCAUUGAUAGCCAUCCAUUGUGUUGGGUACUAUGCCUAUUUCCGCGUCGGCCUUCCUGGGCCAUUCCCGGUAGUUGACACACAUCCGGAGCAAACCGCCACCGAGGAUUUACGCCUGUUAACACCAUGGCCUGAACUUUCCGAGUUCGCCGCUUCAAUGACAAGCGACAUCGAUAACCUCGAUGCUCAUAAGCAUGGACAUAUACCGCUGGUUGUCAUCUUGCUCCAUUAUAUUGAGCUCUGGAAGCAGCAGCAUGAUGGUAACCCACCCACAAAAUACGCAGAUAAAAUUGCAUUCCGCAAGGCAAUCGUAGAUGCUAUGCGUAAAGACAACGCUGAAGGAGGAGAAGAGAAUUUUGAAGAGGCUGCCGCUGCGGUUAUGAAACAUGUCGUUGAGCCCCAGUUGCCACCAUCUCUGCGAGAAAUCUUCGAGUUUGACCACAGCAAGGAUACCCUGAACAAGAGCUUUUGGAUCAUUAGUGAUGCUCUGAAAGCCUUUUACCAGACCAACCAUCGGCUGCCUGUGUCAGGCGGAUUGCCAGAUAUGAAGGCUGAAUCGAAUGUAUACAUUCAGCUCCAAAACAUUUACAAGACCAAGGCUAGACAAGAUGCAGCAGAGAUUCUGCAAGCUGUCCAGAAAGUCCCUGGUGGUGAAGCCAUUACAAAGGAGGAAGUAGACUUAUUCUGCGCCAAUGCUCGGUUUGCAAAAUUGAUCAAUGCCAAUGCUAACGCCGUUCAACUUGGCCUAGAAGUCGAGCGCCAGCUUGGAAAUGAUGAAAUAGCGGCCGUCGCUGGUCCAGAGAUGCCUCUCUCGCUGUUACCGAUAUACUUGGCUCUAAAUGCAACUUCCCAUCAGACCACAGCGAGCGCCACUGAGAUUCAGAAUUUCGUCCUCAAUAAGGCUGAGGGAUACAAAGAUAAUGAGCGUGCGAUGAAGAUUGCAGAAGAAGUUGCUCGGUCGGCAGGGGGCGAGCUGCACAAUAUAUCUGCAGCCGUAGGAGGAAUGGUCGCGCAAGAGCUCAUCAAAGUCAUCACACGACAGUAUAUUGCGAUUGAUAACACUUGCAUCUACGAUGGUAUCGAGAGCAGAUGCCAAAUCCUACGCCUUUAG